AUGUUUCCUCCAAUCGCUUUAGAUUAAAUUUAUGUAAGUGAAAGAGCUACAAUUGGUAUUCCAUUCAUAAAAUCUUAUGUGGAUGAGUAAAUACCAUAAGGUUAAAGAAAAGAACAUGCUCUUAAAUAGAUGAUAGCAAUAUUAAAAUAGUUAAAUUGCUAUAGUGAUAUUGCUUAAUUACAAAAUACAGACUUGCAAAAAAUAUAAGAUUAAUUGUUAUAAGAUUUUGGAUAUAGGUAAGCGGAGGGAAGUUCACAUGCUGAUACUUUUCAGAAAAAUUUGGGAGUCACCGUCAUAAAGAAUGUUCAUAGUUAAGGUUAUGUAUGUAAAGUUGAUGUUGUAAGAACUCCUCCCUUUAUUUACAAUGUAAUGGAAGAGUAAAUAGCUAUGAAAGUCUACAUACAACAUGAUAUGUAUGAAUCAAGAGAAGUGGAAAUAAUAGAAUAAUUUAAUAACUCUCACUAACCCUAUCUGUAUUCUUAUAUUCGAUACAGCAAUUUAUUGAUAUUAUUUUUAAAGUAGCAUAAAAUCAGUUUUUAUGAUUUAAUGUCUCAUUGCAUUGGUCCUCGAAAAAAGUUUGUUUAUCCAAAAGAAAAAGUAUAUUAAGGCUAUCUCAAGAUAUUUCACUCAAUGAUUGUCGCCUUAGAAGUCUUGCAUAAUUAAGGAAUUGUUCAUAGAGAUUUAAAGCCUUAAAACAAUAUGUUUGAUUGCUAGAAAUAAUUGAAUAGCCUAGAUGACCUUCUUAAAGAAGAUAUCACCUGUGUUAUUAUUGAUUAUGAUAGAUCAAAGAAGGUAGAUUCUGAAGGUAAUUAAACUAAUUAUGUGUGCAAUGAAUUAUAUCGCCCUCCUGAAGGUACUCAGAUGAAAUACGAUUCUUCUUAUGAUAUAUGGCAAUUGGGAUUUAUUUGGUUACUUUAAUUACAUGAAGAAGUUUUCAAAACAACAGAAAUAUAAUAAAUAGAUGAUAUUGCAAGAAUAUUUAAGUUGAAGAAAAUUUUUUAAGACACUGUCAAUUUGGAAGAUAGGAGAAAAAAUUAUGAUAAAUUUGUCGAUGCUGCUCUCAAAAUAAAAACUUAUGUCUAAAUUGAUGAAGAACUUCAUCAAAUAAUUAAAAAAAUGAUCCAUUUCAAUCCAAAAGAAAGACCUCAACUAUUAGAGAUUAAAUUAUUACUUGAAAAACUCAUCAUCUAAAAUUAAAAUAAUUGA